AAGAGGAGAAGAAGGAGGAGUUAAUGGCUCGGACGCCUUGUUGCUAUGGGGAGACAGAGGGAGGAGGUGGCUCCGCCGCUGCUAUUGCUGCUUCGCAGGGCAGGGAAAGCCAGAGGCGGCGACGCUGCUGUUCUGUGACACAUUUCCCAUAUUGCUGCUACUGCUGCCAUAUUGUGCCCCCAUCCUCUCCCCCCCCCAUGCGCCUGCUUCAUGAGUACAAUUAUUAGAUGAUGUUCUUUUCAGCUGACUUGUAUUAUGUCACUUAUGAAUGAGGGUUUCCCCUAUAAAGUUUGUCAUGAUCUCUACCAGCCUACAAGAUUAAAUGGGUCCAGUAACAGGAAUGACUCCGGAUAAGAAAGCUGAAACACCAGUAGAAAAAGCGGCAGGUCUAAGGCAUAUCCAAAGAAUGGGAAGCUUGCCGGAGGCAGGUGAUGCUGCUCGACCAAAGGCCACAGCUGUGGAUAGUGAAGUAGCGGACGAUGAGCUCACCAAUUUGAACUGGCUGCAUGAAAAUAGUAAUCUCCUAACGAACUUCAGCCUGGGAAGUGAAGGUCUUCCAGUUGUUAGUCCUCUAUAUGAUAUUGAGGGGGAUAAUGUGCCAACAUAUCCAUCCUCCUGCUAUUCUAAUCCGAAGAAGAAAUCUGCCACAUCUAAGCCCCCAUAUUCUUUCAGCCUUCUUAUAUACAUGGCAAUUGAACAUUCUCCUAAUAAAAGCUUGCCAGUGAAAGAAAUUUACAGCUGGAUUCUGGAACGCUUCCCAUACUUUGCUACGGCUCCUACUGGCUGGAAGAACUCCGUUCGGCAUAAUCUUUCUCUGAAUAAAUGUUUCCAAAAGGUGGAGAGAAGCCAUGGCAAGGUGAACGGAAAAGGUUCAUUGUGGUGUGUGGAUCCAGAAUAUAAACCAAAUCUUGUACAGGCUCUGAAGAAGCAACCAUUUCCCUCUGCGUUUGCAUUUUAUACCCCACCAGCAUCACCACUAAGUGGUUCAUCAUCUCCUUGCUAUUUAACCUCAAUUCGGAAACAGUGUCAGGGACGAUCUAUCAAAGAUUCAGAUAUUGAUGCUGCUACUGCCAUGAUGCUCUUGAAUACUUCCAUUGAACAAGACAUUUUAGAUUGUGAAAAAUCACCAUCUCUCAAGCUCUCCAAGAAAAGGAAAUAUGGUAGCACAUUCCAUAACCACACCCAGGAAGAGGGCGAUCCAGCAGUUCCCAACAUUGACCCCAAGGAGGACCACAAUUAUAGUGCCAGCAGUGUGGCUGCACAGCGUUGCGCAUCACUCUCUAGCAUGUCUUCCCUGUCCUCUGUUGAUGAUGUAUACAAAUUUGUCUCAGAGGCCACCCGGACAGGGAGUGAUGGCAGUGAAGGAUUUCAGAGUGAGGUGGACACAGAUGACAACGAAGAUGAUGAUGAUUCUCUGGCAGACAGUGGUUAUACCUCACAGCCAUGUGUCAGUAUCACAGAUGAGGCCCAGCCUCAUCAGAAGGUCCUGGAGGAACUCUGCCAAGAAAUUGAUGAUGAACUCAAAGAGGCUGCUGGGUCUCUUCUUCAUCUUGCUGGGAUCAGCACUUGUCUCGGCUCACUAAUAAGUACUGCAAAGAGCCAUACCCAGAAGAGAAGGAAAAAAAAUGACAACACAGUGUGAAGAUAAUUGAUCUAUCUAUCUAUAUCUAUAUACAUGUUUUAUUUUUUAGGCUGGCAAUAUUCCUCCUUUUACCCUUUGCAAGGGAGAUCAAAGCCAUAAAAGGACUUUUUGUUUGUUCUUAAUUUUUGCAGAUUAUAAUUUUGCCAUUUAUAAAAUUACAUUAUUUUUAAUUAUAAGAGCAAUUAAUUUGUGCAUUGAAGGGCCGACCAAAAUUGUGUGAAAUGGAUGAGGAAGUCUCAAUAAUUGUAAGGAAACAGAAUAUUCAUUAUUAUCAUUGGAAUGGUUGAUUCACAUGGAUAUCAUUGGCUGGGUCAUUUUGUGCUAAAGGUGUGGCAUGUAGGGUCCAACAGAUAAGUGGAAUGAAUGGUCCUAUGCAUAAGAGAUUCUUUAAAAAGUGUGCAUAUUGUGGAGAAGAGAAUUGCUUGCCAUUUCCCAAUAUGCCUCUUCAGUUUCUAGGCCUACAAGUUUUUUGUAUGUUGUACUUUAGAAUAAGAUGCUAGAUGCAAAGGGGUUGAUCACACCAAGGAAAAGAUCUCUGUCUCUCUAGUGUUGAGGAUUAGAUACUGAGUGAAUGAAAUAUAUUUCAUUUAUGUAAAAUAGGCCUAAAUUAUAUAAUUCUUAGUCCUCAGAAUGGGGUAAUAAAAAUUAAGCAAACAACACAUACAAAUAUCUAAUUCUCAGUUGGUGCUCAAUAUGCAUGAAUCUGGUAGUCCUGAAGGUGUAGAGGCCCCUCUGAAAUUGGGACUAAGCAGGUAAUGUCCCCAGUUCUCACUGCUUAUGGAGUCCACAGUGUUUCCAUUUUUUUUUUUUUUUUUGGUGAUAUCGAAUGCAGAGCAAGACAUGUUGUUAUUGCCUUCAGCUUUAGCUUCCAUUGUUAACUGAUUUCCUCAAUUUACAAAUCAAGGGUCUGUGAUUACAUGAAUGGUAUAAAACUGCCAUGAUAAUCAGUUGCAGGAUGACUGGUAUUUGCAAUUAUAAAAUUGAUGGGUAGGGGAGAGAUACAACACGUGAAUCUUCCUAUUUUUGAGAGUGGAAUCUUGAAUGGGUAAUCUAGAAGUUUCUUCCUAUUUUUAACACAAGGUAAGGAGCUGGUUCUUUCUCUUGUGUUUGUGUUAAUUGUAAUUAUUAUAUAUUGGAUCAAUGAUGUAUACAUCUGUUUGCAAAUCUGAGGCCCUUCUUUCUGUCUUGUUAUCUAAAUUAAGUGCAAAAGAGUGACUGCUCAAUUGCAAAUGACCAUUGCACAGAGAACUUGAAUUUUGUUUAGGUUAAAGUAGUUGAUACUUGUUACUAAUAAGCUAAGAGUUGUUUGGGGGGCUCUAGCGCAUCACUUUGCAAACCAUAAUGGAAUUAUAUUCCAUAUGCAACAGAAAUAAGUGCAUUGAAAAGUCAUUGUUGGCUGAACAAUUCUAGACUAAUUUUCUCCCUGAUUCUUUAUGAGUAAAGCUUUUAAAAAUUAUAACGGGAUGAUCAUGAGAGAUUCUUCUUGUUUUUUGCAGCAGUAUAGUUCAGCUGUGUAUCACCUGAGCGAGAACAAGGGCUUUCUGUGGCACUUUCUAACAGACUACUUCCCCUGCCCUGCAUUUUUCAGUUUUGCUUUGAUUUAACCCAGCAUUCCUAGAAACAACAGAGGAAGCUUAGAGAUACAUAUUAUCCACUCCUGGCAGCCUCCAUUUUUCUUGGAGAUGGGAUGGAUUUUGUUUAUGUUUUAUAUCUGUUAUUUCAGCAAUAAUAUAAUCUCCCUUGUUGAAUUCUGAGAUAAGUCCAGAUGCAGCGUGACAGUUGCAUGGAACAUAAUAUUUAUAAUGCAUGGACCAUGUAGUAUGAGAAUUACCUGUUUCUGUGGACUGUACUGGGAAAUUCAAAUUCUGGAUGUGUGUCCUGAUGUCAUUUGUGUAUCCCCAGCUGCCUAAAAUUGUGGACUUGUGCCUCUCCUAGGCAUUUAUUCAGAAACAGUUGUGCAUCUUUUCAAUUCUGGGGGCCAUAAGAGAGGACAUAGGGCUACUAACAUUGCUGUGUUGAUUGGAAGCUAAUACACAGUUGGAAUAGGGCAGUUAUUUGCCUGUGGGAUAGUCUGAAGUGCAGGGCCAAACUGUAUUAUCCAGACAUCUUUUUGUUGUUACCAUCAGCCAUAUUGAUGAAUUUGGAGUCAUAUGGCAAGCGCCCCUGGUUGUAACAAACAGCUAGGCAAAGCACUGGAAACAGUGAUCUUAACUCAGAAAAACAGGAAUCUCCAAGUUGGCACAGCUGUCUUUGGCUGCAGUCUAUUAAUGCAGUUCUAUUACUUUUCAGUGGUCACUUGCAGAAGAAAUGUUUGCAUGCUACAGGCUGGGGCUGUUGUGUCCUGUGAAUGUCUUGAAUGUUGCAUAAUGAUCAAAGCAUUGCUUGUUUGGAAAGCAGCUUGACAAAUGGCAUUUCAUCUGCACAUUUUCCAUGCUUUGAGAAUGAAGGGAAGAGAGUCCAUUAGUGGCCGUUUGAGCAAAUCUGCCUGUUACCUCUCUGCAUUUUGCAUUCUUGUGAGUUGUACAUUACAUUUCUAUUGAUGACAUAGAGCUGCUUUGGCUUCUAAGUGACAAAAGUGACAAAGAUAUAAAUGUCCGGGACUUAACUUCACUGCCUUUUCUUCCAUACUGUCUCUUUCUAUCUGCUAAAAACUCUGUCACUAUAAUUUUUGUUAAAUGUUCUGUAGGAGUUCAAUGCCUUAGCCAGGUUCCAGUGAUCCUAACUGGACUGAUUAUAAGAGCUCCAGAACUAAAAGGAGUGACCCCUCCCCCCUUGAGGUUUAUUGUAAGCUUGUGUAUAGUUUUAGAUUCAAAGGCAAAAUGGUCCUUCGGAGCUUAUAGGGACAAUCGCAUAGCACCUAUCUACAAUCUCUUAAAUCACAUUUAUCAUUUCCUGAGUUUUCCCAGCAACUGGCAGGUAUUUUGAAUUAGGAAAAAAAAAACAGAGAGAUGUAAUGUUCACACCCCAUAUGCUCCAAUGACCUUUUUUGCCUUAGAAUGCAAAGCACUGCACAGCCCUACUUUGUUGAAUGCUGCUACUGUUACAACUUCCCUGAAUUUGGCAACAUCCAGCUGAAGUGUAACUGCAAGUCACAGAAUUCCCAGGCAUCAUGAACAAUGGAAUUUUUGAGAUUUGCAGUCCCAGCACACCCAGGACAGUGCUAUUAGAAUAAUAUCAGCAGAGAUUCUCCUGGUGUAGGCCUUAAGUUUGUAAGAAAUUAUGUAGUUUUUAGUAUUUCAGAAUAAUUUUUUUUGUUAAAAUGAUAGCAACCUAUAAGUGAGUCAACCUUGUAAUCACAUUGUUAUUUUAUAGACAGAAACAAAAAUCUAAUGCAUGGAUGUUUGCACGCUCACCUGUUUGUAGACAACUUUCUUUGAUGUCAAGUUUAAACACAAAUGGUGCUCAUUCUGUAUAUUGCCUGCUUCAGCUCUUCAAUCCAGAAUUCUCAUGGAUUGGUGAAAAACUGCCUGUUUGCCACAAUCACUUUUGAAAUAACCUGCUGAUUAGGUUUUGCUAAGGAAGGAGUUAUGUAAGGGUCUACUUCCAAGUCAAAUAGAUUUUGUAUAACUUCCUGUUUUUUUCAUUUCAUUAAUCAGUAUUGCAAGUUCCACCAUAGCAUAGUGAUUGAGAAUUGGAAAAAGACCUAUGGAUUAAAAAUUGCUUUCAGUGUAUUGGUUUUCUUUGCUGUUAAAUAAUAUUUGCCCUUCUUUGAAUAGGGUCUUCCAUUGUAUGACUACUACAAAAAAUAACUGACAGUGUUAGUAGUUCUUACUUUUGUAAGAAAAAUCAUCUGAAAGCCUAGAAUGCCCUGCAAAUAUUCUAAGUCAGGGUUAUUUAAGGCUCUUUGUAUGCUUGAGAAGUAUAUUGUUUUCUGCCAAAAGGUACCUACAUUAAAUAAAAGAAGCAGUCGAUAAACAGGAAUACUGUAUAGUUGCUCAGUAAUCAGGUUGUUACUGGGUAGAAUUGAUUCACAAAAAUCUCACCCAAUCAUGGGAGUUGGAAGACUUUUACAGAAAUUCAGAGAAAGCAAAAUUCUCAUUUGACCUUUUGAAUGGUUCUAGUCAUAUAUCCUUCCUAUGAAAUGGAGUUUUCUAUAUGGUAAUGUGGCUAAGUGAAGAAUAUUGUACUAUAUACAUGAUCCAGAGCACCUACAGCAUGGGGAUUUAAUAUAAAGUCACCACUCACAAAUUUAUAAGCAAGCCUGUAUAUUAAGUGCCAAGGCACAUUUUAAGUCCUGUAUGUUGUGCAGAGAUGUCCCAUUUAACAUUUGUCCAAAAUGUGUGUUUAAUAACUUGCGUGAUGUGAAAAUUGUUUCCAUAGCAAUGCAGGUAAUAUGGUUAUAAAGAAAUGUGUUUCUUUGGGUUUUUUUGAAAGUUGAGAAAAGUUGAGUUCAGUUCUCAGUACAAAUUGGCCAGAUUUUCAUGCUUGAGGCUACUUUCCCUAAGAGCUCCUUUGCUCAGUUUUGUCGUCUUACAUUUGACCUGUUAAAAGUCUGUUUGCAGUCUCUUUUCUUCAGACAAAUGUUGAUGUGUGCACAAUUGUCUUUCAGUGUCCUACCAUUAAGAAAAAGUCUAAUGUCAUCUCUAUGAUAGAAAACGUAUAGUGAUCAUUAACAUUAGUAGCACUUUCCCUGUUGGUCUUCAAGUCCAAAGGCAGAGCAAUAAAAGCAUUUGGUGAGAACAGAUGCUUCAAAAAGUCCAGAUUUAAAGAACUAUGAUUGUAGAUGCUUGCAAUCUUAGUUACCUUAUACAGGACGACUUUGGGAAAUCCUCUGAUUGUACAAUUUCUGCCUAUAAAUGGGAAGUAAUAUAUGUGCAGGUAGCAAAUAGCAUAUUGAAUAGAGGUUUAGAUUUUUCCUCCUUAUAUGCUUGUUUACUAUAUGCAUUGUGCUUUUUGAGUUGCAAAAAUAUGACAUCUUGCACCCCCCCCCCAUUUUGAGGUGAUCCUAAGCAGGGAUUUACACAUGUACUUUCCCUAGAAUAUUUUGUAAUAUGUUAGAUUUGAUUCAUCUCCAAAUUCAUUGUGGAAAUUCUAUGAAGAAGGGAACUGCCAUAUCCAAGUUCCUGUGGAUAUGGGGGAAAGCUGCAUUUUUUGUUUUAUUUAUUUUUUUUGCCUUUACUAGCCGUAUUCACAAAAUAUAUGUGUCUUCCUAUGGCCAAAAUUCACGCUGAACUUACUGUUCUAAUUUUCAAAGAGAAAUAAGUGUUUUCAUAUUUUCACAGGCAAGUCCUCAUUUUAUUUGUUGGUAUGUCUAAAACAGUGGUCCCUAAAUUUUGUGGCUUGGGGACCCAGCUGGUGGGAAGGGGAACUGGGCCGUGUACAUGUUGGCCUGCCACUCACACAAGUGGAGCUGUGUACACCGACCUGCUACUUGUGCAGCCUGGUGGCAAAUAGGCAUGGCUCAGGAGUUGGGGACCCCUGGUCUAAAACACAUCCAGAGUGUGCUAUUUUGUUUGAUUAUUAAAUUAGGCUUUUAUUGUAAUCAUGCAUCUCUCUCCCCUCUAAAGUUUGUGUGCUCUAGUGCCAGCCCAGCACAAAUGGGAAUGGCCAAGGUUCUUAUCAGCAAGGUUAGAGAUCUAUUAUUAUGAAGUAGCUGUGAUGUAGAUUGAGCAUGUAUCCACACCCUAUGUGGAUGUUCAAUACAGAACAGCAAUAGAGUUUGUUUCAUGAAAGGAUAAUUCUUGCACAUAGAACAUUAGUAGACUAGACUCCUUCCUGAUGCAUUAGCUUCUAAAAACAAGGAACCUAUGUUGGGAAUUUGGGAUGACUACAGAUAUAUUAAUGGCUUUGUACAUUUCAGAAGAAAGGGAAAUAGGAUGAUUUAGCACCAUUGCAUGCAUCUCAGGAUGUGUUAAAUUAGCUUUCUUCAAACAAGUAUUGUCUGCAUGUGGUGGUCCUAUAAACUCCUAGUAGUCCUUCUCAGCAUAGCUAAAUCUCUUGGGAGGAAAAAAAACGGCUAGGGACAGUUGCAAUGAUUUAAUAGUGCGGAACUGAUAUGUGUGACACGUACUUGCUGCACAGAGAACAUCCCUAGGCCAGCCAGUCUGUGCCCUAUUAACAUAUGGGAUCAUUUGCUCUUGGUCAGGCUGCAUUGAUGUAUUCUAUAAUGUUGUCUACUACCUGUGAGGAAGUGUGUGCAGAUUGUGGCCCUUGGCCAGUGAUUGUAUGCUUCAUAGUCAGGAGAAGCAGAUAUGGACAUGGUUUGUUUUAGAUGCAAAGUGUAAUCUUACCUUUAUUUUUAUUUUAUUCUUUUUAAAAAAGUAAAUUCCUUUCAGAAAAUUAGUUUUAGCUUCAGGGAAAAAAGAGGUGGUAGUGGAAUAUUACCUGAUCCUCUUCAACUCCUAAAAAUUAUCAUGGAGGGCUUUCUGCGGAAGACCCACCUGUUCUUGAGGUAGAAGCUGAUGUCAGUAUUGUGCAAAUCUUUCUCCAUUUCAUAUUCUGGAGCUAAAUUAUAGCUUCUGGGAGAAGUGCAGGCAGCCUUUCUUGGAAAAGCCCAACUUUAAAUUGGAACAGUUUGCAGCUUCUUUAUUUGGCUAAAGCAAAUACGACAGUAAAAGCAAAGCACACCCUGCAAUGCUAAUGAUGGGGUAGUCAAAAUAUUUAUUGAAAAAGAGGAAUAGAGUAUUUUUUAAAAUCUUGUACCUGCUGCAUUUAUUUGAAAAAGCACAUUCUCCAGUUUAAUUGCCAGUGCCAAGAAAAGAUUUGUUUUUGGAAGUGUAUUUUUUUCAGACUUAAAGUGUAUAAUUUAAAAGUAUUACAUUGCCAUCUUGUAGUGAUAGACCAUUUACAAUUGCCAAUUCAUUGUAACUAUUAUUUAUUAAAAAUGGAAAUUGUAAGAAUGCUUUCAGAUCAAAGUACGCAAAAUUCUUUUUUUUUAAAAUUUACAUUAGCUGUUUCUCCUCACCACCUGCCCCUGCAACUUUUUGGAUUGACUGAGACUAACUCUGCCAGUAGAUUAACCCCUUUCUAACCUGAAAUUCCUUGAGCCCCGUUUAGUAGUUGACCUGGUUUAAAAAUGUUUUUGUAUGCUAACCUCUAUUAAUUAAAAUGUUGAUGGAGUUUAUUUUUACCAAAGAGAUGCAAUUCAUUAUGAUAAAGUAUUUCAAAAUAAACUUUGUUUUUUAACA